CAUUCGACUGCGUUUAUAGAUCCACGCUCAAUAUUCAACAAAUCUUUUUGUUAAAAAUAAAUGAAAUAAGUAAUUGUUAAUCGAUGGAAUCGUGUAACAAGUGUGAUAUUAUGUGGAUACAUGUACUGCUAAAAGUAUGAAAAGUAUUGUUACAAUUGAGAUACACUCCUAAUUAUGAAUAUGGUAGAGCCUACUAUUCAAAUCGACAACCAAAAUAAAGUAUUAACAUACAUCGCAAUUCCAGUAGAAGCCUUACAGGAGUGCAACGGUCAGAACUUCACUGUUCUUUCGGAUACACAAAGUCUUUUAUUCAAGGCUUUUUCGGAGACCGAUACACAAUUGCAGGUAGAAAAUGAAAGUGGUACCAACAUUUGUAGGCAACCACUGCGGAUUGCGAAUUUAUCUCAAUACACUGCCAAAACUGGAAUACAAACUGUGAUAGAUACAAAUAAAUAUAAUGAAAUUAGUUUAAGAAAAGAAUCUGUGUUAAAGUCAAGCAAUGCAUCGACGGAAAAUAAAAGAACGAAAGUCAAACUCAGUAAACUUGUUGCGGGUGAAGUUAAAGAUGAGCUAGGCUCGUUUAAAUGUCAACUCUGUGAUGAAGUACUUGAGAAAAUGUCGACGUAUCGGAAACAUAUGCAGAUGCAUCGUGACACUAAAAAGUAUAAAUGCGAGAAAUGCUCGUGUAGCUAUAACGUCGAAGAUAAUUUCAAACUUCACAUGGCACUGCACGAGCAGUCGCAACCUACUUGUCCAAUUUGUGAUAAAAAAUUUCAAAGGCUGGCUAGUUUUAAAGCUCAUAUUAUCGUGCACGAAGUAGAGGAGACGUUCACUUGCGUGGAAUGUCUCUCAGAGUUUGAAACCGAGAACGAGCUCAACACUCACAUGUUGACUCAUCAGCAAGGUGAAAUAGAGCAGGCUGUGGAGGAGUCACCGUUACAGUGCUCCAUUUGUAGCUAUGUAUUUGAUGAUCCAGAACGGCGGAAAGAACAUAUCGCCUAUCACAUUAAAAUGAAGAAACUGGUUCAGCCUUCCAAGCGUCCAAAACGUAAAGUGGAUACAAAUAAUCCGGCGCAUCAAUAUAAAUGUAGCGUUUGCGGUAAAUCAUUUUCUAAAUUAUGUCUUCUGGAUAGGCAUUUUCGGAUACAUAGCGGCGAAAAACCGUAUGCUUGCCAUUUAUGCAAACGUGCAUUUACUCAAAAAGGAACGUUACAAAUUCAUCUUAUUCGUCAUAGUGGAGUUAAACCCUUUCGAUGUUCGCUUUGCCCUGCAUCAUUUUGUCAAAAAGGUAAUUUAAGGGUUCACUUUCAGAAGACGCACGUGAUGCCGGUGGCCGGAGCGAAAGCGUACCAGUGCUCUAUGUGCACGUGUAUUUUUAAAACGGUGUCAUCUUUGAACACUCACACUACAAGAGUUCACGCACGAGAUAACUGUGAUGAUUUGUCCGAUUUAGUCGCGCAAUUAAAAAGGUUAGAUAAGCAGUUUGUGCCCGAAACCGAUGACCCGAAAGCUUCACUUGAGGCGCUUAACGAAAGGUUCGAUGAAGGUGCAAGUUUAGUAAAGUAUGUGAAGUUGGUGGAUUACAACACUGAAGACGGUUUUCGACGGUACUUAGUCAAAAAGAGGAAAGUAGGCAAUCACCAGUGGUAUAUUUGUUCUUUUUGCACGAAGGAAUUUAAAAAGCCUUCUGAUCUGAUACGUCACAUUAGAGUACAUACGCGUGAGAAACCAUUUAAGUGUAAGCAAUGUGAUCAAGCAUUCUCGUUAAAAUCAACUUUAACGCACCAUCUCAAUACCCAUCUGACGGAAACGCAGUACAAGUGUAUUGUUUGCUCGAAAGCUUUUGCAUCUAUGAGUGCAUUAAACAUGCAUCGCAGGCGACACGACCUGAAUCCUGGAAAACAUAGAACUCAUCAUCGAUACAAAUGUCCUGUGUGUGCCAAAAUUUUCAAUUCGAGUUGUAUUAUGAAAAUGCAUAUGAAAAGUCACGGUGAUGGGAAGACUGCAACUCCUGUAGGAGGCGUUGUAAUGCAGGAACCGAUGGUAGAAACUGCCAAUGGUUUACUCCCAUUGUCAGCGCCGCCAUUAGUGAAAGUAGAAACCACGAAGCCAAGACCUUAUCAGUGCUCAAUUUGUGCAUCAACAUUUACGCGAACCAUUCAUCUGAAGCGUCAUAUGCUUAUACAUACUGGUGAAAAAAGGUUCAAUUGUGAUAUUUGUAAUAAGUCAUUUCAUCUAACCUACGCAAAAGAGCACAUGAAAUUCCACAGUGGGGAACGUAAUUACAUGUGUAAGGUGUGCGAUAAAAAAUUUGUUACCAACGCCAUUUUAAAGCGACAUGCGUUGAUACACAAUUCUUCAAGACCUUAUAUCUGCCCUUACUGUCUGAAACCGUUUAAGACGGUCGCAAUGUGUCGUAAGCAUAUUAAUAUACACAAGCGCGACUUUGAGAUUGAGCAAUUACGAAUUGAUAAAGUUGAUGUCGAUCUAACACACCCACUAAUUCCUUCCAACGAUACGAAAAAUGCCGCUCGAACUUCUAAUGUUACCAAGAUAUUUUUUACUGAUGCUGAAAAAGGGAUUAUCAUUACAACUCCAGUGAAUGACACUGAGAUAGUACCCAACUUACAAGCCACUUUGGAUCAACCUGUACCAUUUCCAAACAAACCCAGAAAUGUCUCAUUACUCACGAACACUGGCUCUACAACCAUUUUGGAAAACAUGGACGAAAAUGUUACAAAUCUCAGCCAAGAGAGUUUAACAGGCACAUCCGACGUCAAUUUCCAAACCGUAUAUGUAAAUUCCGACGACAUACAGUCAUUCACUAGUGCUAAUCUUUAUAGCGCCUGCUUGUCACAAUUAAAGAACAACGAUCCGUUAUUGCUGAGCGGAAUAAAUGAAAUUCAAGAUCCGAACUUGAUGUUUUCGACGGACCCUACACUAAACCAAAUUACUGACUCCCAGCUGGACACGCAAAACUUGGAAACCUUACUGCCGACGUUCAGCGUCAAUAACGUUUUUCAGAACAUUGUCUUGUCGACCGAUGACUACAUCGAUAUGAAUCAGAUACCUUUGUUUGCCAAUAUAAACGACUCCAGCAAAAAGGUUCAAACGACCGACCAGAAAUAUGUGAUCGACAGGAACCUUAUUGAGCUAAGUGACGACGCCUUGGUUGGGAAUCCUGCAAUGUCGAACUUGUUGCCUAACGCACCUACCUUGGAGGGAUCCUUUGAUGCAGUCGAUUCAGUAAACCAGCUAGACUUGUCAUGUUCUUCGUGCAAGAAGAGUUUGAAUGAUAUUGCCGAUUUCCAAAAUCAUGUUUGUGAAGAUAAAGAGGAUGACCUCAAAGGCAAGGGUAGGACGAGACCUAACAGAAAAGUGGAAGCGAAGAAAAGCACUCGUCGGGCUAAGAUCAGCGAAAAGGACCUCUUUUGUAUUGAAGAGGGUGAAAAUCUAAAGUACAAAUGUACAUUUUGUGACAAGGAUUUCUCAAAUAAAAUGAUAUACACUCGUCACUUAUUGUCUCACAUAACGGCGAAAAGCAAUGUAUGCCCCUUUUGCACUAAAGAAUUUAAAAAACGCUCGGAUAUGACUCGGCACAUACGGACGCAUACUGGCGAACGUCCAUAUAAAUGUGACAAGUGUGGGAAAAGGUUCUCUCUCAAAUCAACGCUGGAGUCGCACGAUCGCACACAUCAGCCAGGUGGCAACAAGGAAUUCAGUUGUGCCGUUUGUAGUUCAAACUUUAGCUCAAAGUCCAGUCUGAAAGUACAUACAUUAGUGCAUACAGGUGUGAAACCGUUUGCGUGUCAUAUUUGUUCGGAGAAGUUUCGUACUUCGGCUCAUAGGAAGUCUCAUAUACGAGGUCACUUUAAAACAAAUGAUUCCAAGAAGAAUGGCCAGUCCAAAUCUUCGAAAAUAAAAUUGUUGCAGGCGAUAACUUUGGACGCGCAGAAUUUGGAAAAUAAAAGUACUAAGGAAGAUACUCCUCAUGUGCACCUAAAGACUGCAAGUCCUAAGGAAGAAUCUCUGCACAUAGCUUUUGAAGAAGCAAAUCAGAGCCAGAUAGUGGAAAUUGAUCCAAUUUUUCUGCAACAACUGCAGAUGAACGGUAUACUAAUGCAAGAUAAUAUCAACGAAGAAUUAGCCUCCCUCAUACAAGUAGACGUGAACAAUUGCGAAAUUGCGAAUGGUGAAACGAUCGUCGACAAUGCGGGCGAACUUCAAAAACGUAACGUGGUAAAAGAUUACAGUUGCGAACUUUGUGACAAACGCUAUGUCACCAAAGCGACGUUGACUAAACAUCAGAAGAAAGUGCAUGCAACCAAUAAUCAGUUUAAAUGUACAAAAUGUGAUGACAAACUUGCCUCCAAAGAGGAAUUGGACACUCAUCUAAAAUUACACUCAGGCUAUCGACCCUUUUGUUGCCUAUUGUGCGCAAAUACGUUUAGAGAAGAAAAAAAUCUGAAAACUCAUAUGAGACGAAUUCAUGGUGUAUAGGGAAAAAUUGUGAAAAACUACUGCAGGGUGUUCAAAUGAAAUGGUGCUCUAAUUAAAUAUUUGUUUUUAUAUUAGUAUCUAAGUGUGCAUUUAUAUGGUUGAUGUAUAAUGUUUACAGCGUUUCAGAUCGAAAGUCUACCAUUUGUCCUGCUUGCUUACAGUGGAAAAUCGGUCUUAUUUAUUUCAAGUGUAUAAAUUGAAACGUGAUGCUAAAAUAUAGAUUGUCUCUCCGACGUUGAGUGAGUGCAGAGCAUUUCUUUGACAUUUUUCGUAAAUUUAGUACAUGUAAACAGGAUGUGCAGACAUGUGAUGGUUAAAGUUGAGGAGAAUAUAAUGAAACAUUUUAUUGCUAUUA